CACUUUGCAGUUGCACCAGAUAAACAUGGACGCCUCCCCGCCGUCAGACGUGUGUGUGGGAACCUCGGAAGGAGGCUUGAACUCCGCAAUGGAAACGGACGCGCACUCAGCCCCAGAGAACGAAGGCGACCAGGAAACGAUGACUGAACCAGAAAAAAAAGACAAUUUUAAAAAACCGGCCAUUUUCGCGGUGCCUUCUCUCGCCAGCAAACGCGGUAACGACACCGCUGCGUCCAAAUCCACGGCGGCAAAACCCGUGAAGGAACGCGGCCGAGCCGAGACUGGACACGCCGCCGCGGAGGACUCCCCGGGUCCUGGAGAUGACAACAGCACCACGGGAGCGGAUCGAGAGAAGGACGGGGACGGUGGUGACGUUAAAAACAAGAACGUGGCUCCCUUUAAAAUCAAGCCAGCGGCUAUACGCACGGUGCUCCCAUCUAAAGGCCCCCCGGUGGGUAAGUCGCCCCCCAUCCCAUACACUGAGCCGUCAUGGGGGGGCAAGGCCACGGAUGUCCCCUAUGCUCUGGAAAUUCUUAAAAACGGCACCAUCGUGGACACGGUACCCCUCGCGCAGAAAAGCUACUUCGUGGUCGGACGCCUGCCCGUGUGUGACGUCUCUCUGGAGCACCCGUCCAUCUCCCGGUAUCACGCCGUGCUUCAGUACCGGGCACAGGCCGGGGAGGGGGACUCCGCGGGGGAGCAGAGGGGGUUUUACGUCCACGACCUGGGAAGCACGCACGGCACCGUGGUGAACAAGAACAAGGUCCCCCCGAAGACCUACAUGCGGCUCCGGGUUGGACACGUCCUGAAGUUCGGGGGCAGCACGAGGCUCUUUAUCCUGCAGGGUCCAGAGUUUGACGAAGAAGAGGAGUCUGAGCUGACGGUGACGGAGCUGAGGGAGAAGGCCCGAAAGCAGAAGGAAGAACUUGAGAAGAGGAUGAUGGGAGAUGGUUCUGAUGAUGACGACGAUGAUGGGGGGCAUAAGGAGGAGGAGGAGGCAGGAGACGGCCUAGGGGAAAUCAACAAGAGCCAGAACAAAGACUCGGGCUGCUCGUGGGGAAUGGCCGAAGAGGUCGUUCCGGAGGACGACGAGAACGAGGAAAACCCUUUUUCAACAGAGUUCCAAGAGGACCAGGAAGCGGCCUACCUGAAGGACCCAAAGAAGGCCUUGCAGGGCUUCUACGACAGGGAAGGAGAGGAGCUAGAGUUUGAGUAUGAAGACCAAAGUCACGGCACGUGGCUCUGCAGGAUAAAGCUCCCGGUAGACGACGCCGCGGGCCGGCAGCUGGUCGCCGAGGCGACCCACACCGGCAAGAAGAAAGAUGUGGCCGUCCAGUGCUGCCUGGAGGCAUGUCGAAUGCUGGAAGCCAGAGGGCUGCUCCGCCAGGAAGCAGUGUCUCGCAAGCGCAAGAAGAAGAACUGGGAAGACGAGGACUACUACGACAGCGAUGACGAUACCUUCCUGGAUCGAACUGGCACCGUGGAGAGGAAGAGGCAGGAGAGAAUGAAAAAGGCAGGAAAGGUCGAGGAGCGGCCCCAGACCUACGAGUCACUGGUGGCCAAACUAUCGGAGGUGGAGACUGAGCUGGCGGAGGCUCAGAGAAAGCUCAGCGGCGGGAGGGGCGACUCCUCCGGCUCCUCGGCCGAAGACCCGCUGGACGCCUUCAUGACCGCGGUGCGGAGUGAGGCGGCGAUUGACGCCGUGGAGCGCAGGAAGCUCCACGUGCGCGUGGCCGACCUUCGCAAAGACGCGCAGAGGCUGCGCAAGCUGGUGGAGCUCACGCGGCCCGCCCGGAUGCCCUCGCUGCUGCCGAGUGGUAGCUCGGAGCCAGAGACGCCCAAAAAGACCUUACCGCUGUUCGGAGCCAUGAAGGGGGGAAGCAAAUUCAAACUGAAGACCGGCACCAUUGGGAAGUUGCCUCCGAAGCGGCCCAACUUGCCCGCCGAGCUCUUCAACAUGAAAGAACUUCCACCCAGUGGAGAAGAGGAGGAAGAGGAAGAGGAAGAGGGGGAGGAAGGGGCCGAGGGAAAUGAGGAUAAGGAGUAUGCGGCUAUUACUGAGACCAACUCUGAGGAGUCUGGCGUGUCUCUGUCGGUGCAGCAAAGACGGGAACCCCCGCGCUCACAAGAGCCCAAAGAGCGCAGCGGCACACCGACAGAAGGCGAGGAGUCCGCUGAGGGAGUGGAGCAGGACUCUCAACGCAAGGAGGGCCCCUCGCUGGCUCCAGAGUCCAAAGCGGGAGGCGAUGGAGGUCCAGCAGCAGAGCCCAGCCCCAGAAAGAAGGUGAAGAAGAAAGUGAUGGGCCCCAGCAGGCCCCCAAAGCAGCCCUCGGGACCGUAUCCAGAGGACGACCCUGAUUACUGCGUCUGGGUGCCUCCCACAGAUCAGAGUGGAGACGGACGAACACACCUGAACGACAAGUACGGCUACUGAGGGAAAACCUGAGGGAGGGAGCUUGUGUCUCUGCUCCACCAGCUCUUAUCUGAAGAUAAAUCCUCCUGGGCUCUGACGGCCCGGCUCAGUCCUCAUGUGUCGUUCAGCCUAGAAAAAAACCUAAUUGCCGCAACUUUCAUUCUUUCUUUUUUUUGUUGGGAGUGGGAGCGUUGGCCUUCUCCGCUCUGGGAUCAACAAAGAGCACAGCGUUUUGAUCCACAUUAAACCGACCGCGGCGUUCCGCCUUCCGCUGGCACCUUUUCACCCAUAACAGUGAUAGAGAUGGGCUGUUUUAAAAAAAAUACAUUAAAUCUCACUUCGUCCAAGCAGAAAAUAGAGAAGGGACAGAAGAGGAACUGUUCGUAAUUCAGCUUUCUGCUGUGCAGCUGCUCCUCCUGCAGUUAAACCCACCUGACAUCUGAUCCAUAUCCCUCCCCUGGUUUGGCUUCCUUUUUUAUUCCUCAGAAGGCGUGUGUGAGGGAGAGAGUUGAAGCCAUUUUUAUGACCAUCUGGACACUUGGAUGGGUUACUGGAUCAAACGCAAGCUGAUGAGGACUCUCGCUAAGUGGAGUGUGUGUGUGUGUGUGUCCACGCACGCCCACACACACCUUUUCAGAGUUCUUUUUAACAGGAUUGUCUUUGUGAGGGAGCCAGCCAUUGUGGUGUUUGCCUAGAGCAGGAUUUCUCGCUGUGAGAUCCCACUCAGUGCUCUUCUGUUUGCUUUACCACUCUCCUCUUUCCUGUUGGGAAGGUAAAUAAACAGUUUUGUUAUAUAAGUGUAAAAUAAAAAUUGUCAGUACAAAGCC